CGGAGCCGCUGGUCGGUUGUUUUCCCUGCUUAGACGCGGCUAGUUCAAGUUGCCAUAGGGCGGUGAAGCUGAGAGUUGUUGUUCUUUUAGUUCUCACUCACAAAGCGCAAAAAGCAACGUCUCCCGUGCAACGUGUUUCUAACGGUAGCGCGAGUUUGCUCUGUUGCUGUUUUGUAGUUUUUACAACAUCAACACAAGGUUCAAUGACUCCGCUAACGUUUGGUUAGCUAGCCGGCUAACGCUGCUUAAGAGUAGUCUCCACUUGUUGCUAGCCAGGAGGAGCAUCACCCACAACAAUGAAUGAUCAGGACUGCGACUGGAUGGGAAGAGGACAGUUUGAACUGCGGUGUCUUUCUGGUCAGAUAACAUUCUCCACGGGUUGUUAAAGUAAGGAUGAGGCAGUUUGACACGGCGUCUGUGUGCCAUGACGGAAUUAUUAUUUACAAGAAAAGUUAACAGCCGACCCACUUAGCGUUUCCAAAGCUACUGCCGGUCACUAAUCGUCACAUUUCUGCGUAGUCGGCCGUUUUUGUUGUCCCCUCCCUCAACUAUGGAGACAUCCAGCGAGUCGGACUCAUACGACAGGGUUCGGGGACACAGGCCUCGGGGGCGUGAAACCCACCGUAGACCUGUCCCGGAAAGGGUCAGAGGGAGUGGGAAUGGAAGCGAUGGUAGAGCCCCGGACAUCUCCGACAAAAUCAGCACCCUGGCGAACACAUUACAGGACACCAGUAGGAACUUGACCAAAGUAGACAGGAUGCUGGGUCAGUACAGGGAGCAUACUGAUGAUCAGGCUGAAGCCAUGGCAGUGCUCAGGGAGAACCUAGAGGAGUCAAUCAGCCAGCUGCAGUCACAGAGGCAGGGUAGAUCUAAUGGUGCUCGGAGUGCCUCAGCCUCGGCCUCUACCUUACAUACCAGUGAUCUGGAGCAUUUUUCAGAGUCAGAGGGCCAGCGUUUCUACCCCACCUCUCCUCUAAGGGACUAUACAUCAACUCCAGGAAGGAGAAGGAGAUCUCAGUCUGCAAAUGUUCGCUUUAAGGAUACCAUCUUGCCAGUAGAGGAAAUUCACUCUUUACACCAGUCCUUGCGGGACCUACAUUGUGACCAGCAGAGGCUGUCUGAUGACCUGGAUAGAGAAAUCCUCAGGAGAAACAGGUAUCUGGCAGGGAAUCUGGAGAAAACAAUGUCUGAUAUUGACACCAGGCGGGCGAUGGAGAGCCUCACAGAGCACAUGACAGCUUCCCAGAGACAGGACUCAGUGUCGUCUCGUGUGGAGCGGCGUCUACAGGAGCUGGAGAGGGAGAUGCACACCGAGCAAAGGGGCGCGGAGAGGGAGAGAAGGCCGGAGCAGCGGGUGGCCGUGUCUGACGAACCGCAGGAGAUUUUAAGGAGACGCCAAGUUCAAACCCACGAGAGAGACGAGGCCAUGACAGCCAGGGCACAGAACGCAGAGAGGGAGAAAUCCAAGAUGGAGCAGGAGCUGGAGAGAGCCAGAAGGUUACUAGAACAGUCUGAGAGCAGCAGGGAGUCCCUCGCUCAGCAGGUGGAGGACAUGCGUGGUGAACUGCUGAGGACAAGGAAGGCAGGGACUCAGAGGACACGGCUGGAGACUGCUCAGCCACAUGGCAAUCACAUGGACAGAGAGGCGGAAAGAGAUCGCUCAGACCUGGAAAAGGAAGUGGCAGAGCUGCGAGUGCAGUUGUGCAAGGCUUCAGUCCGUGGUGAGGUCGAAGAACUGAAGAGGGCUCUGGAACGUAAGGAGAAGGAGAGGAUACAGCUAAGCUUAGAAGUGAAGGAAUUAUCAUCAGACCUGGCGGCGCGGGAGCAGCAGCAGCUACGAAUGCUGGAACAGCUGAGAGACAUACAGAGCCGUGGGCAGGCAGAGAGGAGAGAGACGGAGGCAUUACUGCAGGAGAGCACAAGGAGCAGGGAUGAAUUGAAGACCAGGGCCCAAGAGGCUGUGCGGCGGUGGAGGGCAAAGUGCAGAAGACUGGAGAAGGAGCUGGAGGAGGAGAGGGCCCAAGCUCAAUUUCAUACCGGCAAGGCUUCACAGGCAGCGAGGGAAAAGGAAAGCUCCCAGGCCCAGCUGAAGGCGCUGAGCCAGCAGAAUGAGGCAGCCCGCAGGGAGCUCGCUGAAAUCCUCGGCCGCCUGGCCCAGCGCGAAGAAGAGCUCCACCGUAAGGACGUGGAGCUGUCGGAGACUCACCAGCGCCAGUUGUCACUGCAGCAGGAAAUCCGGGAGGUGAAGGAGGCCUCAGCUGCCCUGGAGGAAGAGACUCGGCGUCAGGCCGCCGUCCACGCAGGGCUGAGAGAAGAGAACCAGAGGCUGAAAGAACAAGCUGAUGCCCAAGCUCGUCGUCUCCAGAAAGACCAGGACGCGCAGGCUGAGCUCCAGGCCACCUUGAAGAAGAUGACCACGGCCCAUGCCCAGGUAGCUCAGCGUUUGGCCGAAGAAGAGAGAACCAGGAAGGAGCUCCAGAAGGGCGCCUCGGAACUUCAGGCCAAGCUGAAGGCACAGCAAGAGGAGCGGGCUGCCCUGAGCCAGCAGCUGCAGCUUGAGAGGGAGGUGCACCAGAAGGAACUAGACAACCUGAAGGCUACAGUGGAGGACAGCAAACUGAAGAAGGAUCGAGAAGUGCACAAUAUGCUCAAGCUCUGCCGUCAGGAGCGAGAUGAGAUGCAGGCACACCUGAGGGAGGUUAAGGCAGAUGCAGCAUCAGACAAGGAGCUGUGUGGGGCGCUGCACAUCAAGUUGGACAGGAUGAAGGAUGAGUGUGAUAAGCUGGCAGCUCAGCUGAGCACGAAAGAUGAAGCACAUGCACUUCUCCAAAGAAAAUACCAGCUACUCAAACAAGAACUGGAAGACAAAGUCAGGUCAGGUGAGCGGAGACGGGCCUCUGAGUCAGAACUUGUUAAGCUGGAGCAGAAGGUGUUGAAAAUGGAAGCGGAGCGAGAGUCGGUCCUUACCUCUAUGGGUGAGGAACUAGACACUGCCUGCCGCAGCCUGGCUAGGAAUGGUGAAGACAAACUACAGGCAGUCUCACAGAGACCUGGAUUAGUGAAGGACCCCCAUCGCUGGCUUGCUGAGACAAAGACCAAGCUACGCUGGUUGUGCGAGGAAGUUCGGGAGCGUGACACCAGAGAGCAGCGUCUGAGGAAGCAGCAUCAGCAGACCAGGGAUCAGUUGAAGGCCCUGAGGCAGAGCCGGGACUCAGAGCAGGCGGCUCUCCUGCUGCGCCUGGACCAACAGGAGAAGCUGCUGCACUCCCUCGGCACGGAAAAGAAAGAACUGCUGGAGAGGAGUCGCAAGAAAGAGGAUGAAAUGAGAAGCCUUCAGGAUCGUGUGAUGGAUCUAGAGAUGAGCACAAGAGUCGCGCUGGACCACUUGGAGGCCAUUCCAGAGAAACCAUGUCUGAUGGACAACUUCAAAGAUUUGGAAGAGUCACAGCAGCAGAAGGAGAUGGUGGAGCAGCGCUACACUAAACACAAAGAGAUAGUUUGGGACCUGCAGCUCCAGCUGGACGAGUCCAAACGCAGAAUCCAAGAGUACAGAGAUGAGAAGCUGGACGCCACUUCCAGGAGUUUAAGACUAGCAGCUCUUUCUUCCUCCAUAAAAAGUCCCAGCACGUUCCUCAGCAGCUCCCAGAGAUCUGACACACUGACUCCUCCCAAACGCCUGACCAGUUCAGACUUGGACGACUCCAAAGUCAACGGGGACAAACUUUUUAAAGAUUAGUUCGACCUCAAGCAAACCUUUAUCUUUAUCUCUACACACUCAAACGCACGCACCGACUCUACCUUCCCCGUGCUCAUCCCGAACAAACUCGACUGGAGCAUGGGCCCUUGAACUCAACAUUAAUCCUCCUCGACUACCUCAACCAGGCGGUCACUGAAGGUGCUCGAGAGCGGAAAGGUGAGACUGUGUUUGAUUUCACAGCAAACUUUGAGAAACACUUUGAAAUAAGAGAUAGGCCUAUACACUGAAAAGGAGAAUAUACCGUAUACUGUUUUAAUCUUAUUUAUAAGCAUCUGAAUGUAAUGUAUUUAUUGGAAAGCUCGAAAACCAAAAGAGUUCUGCUGUUACAUUUCUUGCCAUUGUUGCAAUAUUUUACCUGCUCAGCAACUAUUUUAAAUAUAUACCAUAAUAUACUUAAUAACCUGUACUCUUAUCAUGCCAAGGUGUUUGUGCUAAAAUGAUACAUGAGUAACUCUACACACUCUAAACUCUGGUGCCUUCUCAACAGUAUGCAAAUUUUUGUUUUCUACUAACAUGCUGUGUUGUCUUCAUCAUCAAAAUGUGACAAAUGUGUUGUUUACUGUCAGUUAAUGUAUUGACCCAUUUCCUUUGCGUCCUUUGUGUUUUAUGCAGUAUAUAUUUGUAAAAAGGUCUAUUUUUUACGUAAUGUGAAGGAAGCAUAUGCACUAUGAAUAAAUCUGCACUCAGAUAAAUGUGUGGUUUUGUAAGCGCA